UCUAGUCUUGCAAACUUCCUGCAGCCAAACCAAACACCAACUCUCUCCUCGAUCGAUCUUGCCUUAUUCAGCUAUUCACGCCUGCACUUCUCUGCCAGCCACCGAAAAGCGGGUUGUUAUUAUAUUCACCAGUGCACAACGCGUCUGCAUCACUCCUCAAACAUCAGUCUACAUUGCAACUGCCCCAGGUUGAAGACGAACAACGCGUCAUGUCAACACAACACUGAGUGGAUUCAAGACGGCUUUUUAUUGAAAGUCAGCGUCCAGCUUGUUCCCUAACUCAUCUCUGGCUGUCAGAUUAUUCAACCCCAAAACUCAUGGCUUCUCUCGGUCUGCACUAGGUCACCACCGUAACCAGAUGAUCUCGAGACGCGUCUAAUCAUUUGACGUGCUGGUGGACCAUGGGGUUUAGAGCCUGUGUUCAAGAACACGUUGGGUUAAUCUACCCAAGAUGCUGAAUUCUGUCUACGGCUCAAAUUUGUCACGUCCGGAAAGGAGAUUUUCGCGGCAUUUGAUUGGAGAUCUAACGUUUGCAUUCCAUCAGAGCCAAACCCGGCAGAAAACCUUCCUCGACAGGAACAUUACGCGCAUUUUAGACCAUCAUCAGAAGCUCCGGGAGGUCAAACCUACUUCUGGAAAUCCUGCUAGGCCUUCGACAGCGGCCACGCAACGCUCAGGGAGGUCUUCAGCGAAAGAAGCAUCUACCGGUUCUGUGGCGGCAGGUGACGCUCUGUGGGAACGCCUUUCUGCUACGGAAGGGCCUUCAAAAGCGCCUGCGGUCCCAUCAACGAUGCCGAGACCUUCACACUCUUCCCUACAAAAUGGGGAGACGCUGCAAGCUCAGAGAAAGACACGUCGAAGUAUUCGAGGACUUUCCGGCAGAGUGUACGAAGAGGCUGAUGCCGAGCUGACACUAGAUCUGAACAAUAUCAGAAAAAAGCUCAAUUUCAAAACAAAUACGGUGGACGAGGGCCAAAGACCAUCAAAGCGCCAGAAGUGUGAGACUGUCAAAUGUCAAUGCUAUCUGACUAUAUGGGAUAAUCGCGACGGUUAUGCGACGGCGCCUCUUGUCUCAAAGUCUGAAUAUUGCUAUGUGACUACCAGAGAAACCGAAUACAGUGGCUCCUUUGUCGAUUUGGAGCUCGACAAGGCCUUUACAGUCAGAGCAAGCGAGCUGAAGGUUUCUGUCCAAGAGAAGAACGAGCACGUUUUUGCUCUGAUCGACAAAUACUUUCUGGAACUCAAAAUCAUUCCUUGCAGGACUGACAGCCGUUGGCCUCCCAUACCUUUACUGGGCAAAAGUGAUGGUGACCACUUUGCGCCAGAUAUCAAGAGGAAUGGCGCUGAAUUGCUACAAGGCUCUGUGGCUGCCAGGUACACACACCUGCCACAAGCUCCAGAGUCCGAUACACCUCUCAGCGUGUUUUUCUUACACGAAGGGCGCACGUACAGGACAAAGUAUGGCCUUCAAGUAAGCUCGAUAUGGCAGAAGUCAGGUUCGGGGUCAAUUGCAGCGAGGCGGCCGCGGAAUGGUAUUGACUUGGACUCAUUCCGAUCGCCUGAGCAGAAAGCGCUUGCUAGCCCAGGCGUAAACGAAGCCAACACUGCAAUUAGGCCGAAGCGGGACACGAACGGGAUUGGUUCUACUAAUGGGACAAAGAACGAUACAAAUGGAGUGCAAGCACCAUCUCCAAGCAAUCCACCUGAAGUGUGCUAUAACCUUUGUUCGAAUGUGGACCAAAAAUUUCGCUAUGCGACAGUAAAAGGCUACAGAUGUCCGCUAUGUGCAGUCUGGAAGACUUCAAAACUUGACCGGCUGAUCUUCCAUUUGUCGACAAUGCAUUCAAAGUAUAUCUUUCAAGUGCAGAAACCACAGCGGGACCCUGUGAGCAAAGACUUGACACAUAUCCAGAUCAAGGUCGAUAGAGCUCCCCAAGUGAAGAAGGAGGAACACCUUCUGCAGAUUGAUUGGCAAGCGCCACCAGAACCCUUCAACUUGCCAGCCUAUUCGGAGGGCGUUCGCGACUGGGUUGGUUCACCGAGUCUCAAAAAGCAUGCGUCAGAAGACACUACAACGAGUACCCUUGUCUCCUCUCGUCAGCAACUAUCAUCACAAUUCCCAUCCGCCAGGGACGUGCCCGGUUUCCGCCAGCCCAAGCGGAAGAGAUUCAGAGCUAUUCAGCUCCAGUCCCAAUAUGCAGAUGCAGAGCCCGUCUACACAUCUGUCAGUCACCGACCUGUGUCUCCAAGCGAAGACCCUCGGUCUGAAACAGACGAAGACAUCGACAACGAAUGGCAGAUCGAGCUACACAUGGAACGCCUAGAUCUAGUGAGCAAGCGCCAGGGCUGGACUGACCAUGAGCGUGAACUUUCCAAGCGAUGGAAUAGACAUCGUAUGGAAGAGCGGCUCGAACAUUCGAGGUACUUGCCGAACUCUAUGGUGCGUUUCGUUCGCAAGCACCACAGGUGGCUGAAAAAUGGCAAUGACGAGCUUCUGCAAGCUUUCUUCGGACUCUUAGAACGGCUGAAGGAAAGCUCUGUCAUUGACGACGAUGUGGUCAGUGAUGUGAACACAUUAAUUUUCCAAGACUCUCCACCACCUGAGCCGGCGGCGAAGGGGAAGCAGAGCGUUCAGAAUAGCGUUGCUGAGCGAGAAUCGCCCAGGGCUAGACGCACCCGGCGAGGCGGCAGUGUUCUGGGCACGCCUAGAGGAGAACCCUCUCGUCCUCGGAUUACCCCUGUGAUGGAUUCGCCAGAUCAUGUUCAAGCUCGGUCAACUCUGGCUCGACCUUUUACUUGCGGCCACUGCUCAAAACCUGUGACCAGAGCAACCAAGGAGGCAGUGUGGUGUGCCGAUCCGGAAUGCAAGUCGCCAAGGGUAAUGUACCAUCGCCGAUGCGCGAAAGAACAACAAGGUUUAGGCUCUCAAAAAGGACGAAAGGACAUGGCGGAAAUUGGGCAAGCGUCUGCGGUAGACACUACACGCAGGCCAGCUUUUGGAGGUGCAGCAGCUAAGCAUGAACCUGACUUGACAAACUGGUCCUGUCAAAGUUGCACAAGGAGGCAGAAUGAGAGGAUAAGGGAACAGGAGCUAGCUGUUUCAGCUGCAGCUGCCGCCGCCGUGAGGGAGAUAGCAAUGUCUUGAUGAUUGGUGCUAUCCGAGGAGCUUGUCAGCUACUUAUGGAUCUACGUGGCUAUCGACACGAAGAGAGUGUCAAAAGAGGUGCAAGUGCUUCGCUGAUGUGGCUGUUCUUGAGGCGUAGCUGCACAUAGCAUGAUCCAACCGCACGGACAAUCGGACAACGUCUCUGUAACCAUAGCUCGAAGGAAAAAGGUUCUAUUGAGCCUUCAAACAUGAGAUAUAUUGAUUGGAGAGGUGUGUUAUUCAAGUUGAGAGCCCC